UAUAUUUGAUUUGGAUGGCGAUUUAGUCUGUCGCUCGACGUACAGCGAGUCGCAUCGAUCCACUUGUAGUCCAAUCAUGAGCUGCCCCUAUGCCAGCAACGGCAACGAGCACGACGAUGGCGCCAUUCCGCUGUCCAAUGAGGUGGGCAAGAUCUAUGGGGAAUAUCUGAUGCUGGACAAGCUGCUGGACGCACAGUGCAUGCUCUCCAUGGAGGAUAAGAGGCCGGUGCACGAUGAACAUCUCUUCAUCAUAACGCAUCAGGCCUAUGAGCUGUGGUUUAAGCAAAUCAUUUUCGAGUUCGAUUCCAUACGUGAUAUGCUCGACGCCGAGGUCAUCGAUGAGACCAAAACACUGGAAAUUGUCAAACGCCUAAAUCGCGUCGUCCUCAUACUUAAGCUGCUGGUCGAUCAGGUGCCCAUAUUGGAGACAAUGACGCCAUUGGAUUUCAUGGACUUUCGCAAGUAUUUGGCGCCCGCCUCUGGCUUUCAGUCGCUGCAGUUUCGACUGAUCGAGAACAAGCUGGGCGUGCUGACCGAGCAGCGUGUGAAGUAUAAUCAGAAAUAUACGGAUGUGUUCGGGAAUGAUAAAAAGGCAUUGCAUGCCAUACGCGACUCGGAGGAUUCACCGUCGCUGUUGACGCUGGUGCAGCGUUGGCUGGAACGGACGCCGGGCCUGGAGGAGGAUGGCUUCAACUUUUGGGCCAAGUUCCAGCAAAGUGUCGAUCAGUUUCUGGCCGCCCAAGUGCAGAGCGCAAUGCUGGAGCCGGUGGAGCGGGCGAAAAACUAUCGCCUCAUGGAUAUCGAGAAGAGACGAGAGGUCUAUCGCUCCAUUUUCGAUCCGGCUGUGCAUGAUGCGCUGGUGAAACGCGGUGAUCGUCGCUUUAGCCAUCGUGCGCUUCAGGGCGCCAUCAUGAUCACGUUCUAUAGGGACGAGCCACGCUUCAGCCAGCCCCAUCAGCUGUUGACCCUGCUCAUGGACAUUGACUCGCUGAUCACGAAAUGGCGCUACAAUCAUGUGAUCAUGGUGCAACGCAUGAUCGGAUCCCAACAGCUGGGCACUGGCGGCUCAUCCGGCUAUCAAUAUCUACGCUCCACACUCAGCGAUCGGUACAAAGUAUUCCUGGAUCUAUUCAACUUGUCUACGUUCCUAAUACCACGUGAAGCAAUUCCCCCUUUGGACGAGACAAUACGCAGAAAGCUAAUCCAUAAAAGCGUUUGACAAGCUUCGCUUCCAUUUUUUUUUUUUUCUAUUCUGAUUCUGUGAAAGAUCCUUCUAAUAAUAAUUUUUAGAAAUCACAAUACAUUCAAAAUUUUGUUUGGUA